AUGUUUAGAAGUCCGGAAACGUGGUCGACAACCAAAACUGAAGGGAUAUUCCCCAAAAACCCACCUCAUCCUUUCUUCUACACUCUCGCCUACUCUAAAAAGUGAAGCCAAUAAGAAUACAGAUUCAUAUUGUACAAAGCAUAUGAACGUGUGGCAUAUGAAUGAUGUUCAGGAAGAAACCUUUAACAAAGCUACGUAUCCCGCCCUCAAUUGGGUCGUUAAUCAAUCAUCGCCCAUUAAGUAUCUUGAUGACAACAAAAAGUUGGUUAUGGCAAUAUUGGAUAAUCGAAAUCUUGGAAAACUUGCCGAGUGUGCUCAGUACCAAGCUCAGCUUCAAAAGAAUAUGAUAUAUUUAGCAGCAAUUGCCGAUGCGCAACCACUGUCACCAGCAGUGCCUGCCCAGAUGGCUCCACAUCCUGCUAUGCAACAGGCGGGAUAUUACAUGCGACAUGCCCAGGCAGCAGCAAUGGCUCAGCAACAAGGUAUUUUCCCCCCAAAAAUGCCGAUGCAGUUCAAUAACAUGCAUCAAAUGCACGACCCGCGGCAGCAGCAGCAGCUACAUCAGCAGAACCAACAAGCCAUGCAAGGGCAAAUGGGAAUGAGACCCAGGGGGGCCAGCGGCAUGCCUUCCAUGCAUUAUACUGAGGGCUCAUUUGGUGGUGGUAGUGGUGGCCCAAACUCAGCGGGAGGCCCAAAUGAUGGGUGUGAAGGAAGCAAGCAAGAUGCCUCGGAUCCUAGGGUAGGUGGUGAUGGCCAGGGGAGCUCAGCUGGUGGGCAUGGCAACGGUGCUGGGAUGACGGCAAGUGAAUUGGCCCUUAAGGAUGAUUCCACAUGGAAACAUGUGCCUGUUGAUAGUAGGUAUUUUCCUAAAGUAGCUGUUGUGCUCGGUGAUGUGUGACAAAUCGAGCGAAGCAGUGAAAGUUGUCUGUUCUUUAGUCUUGAAGCGAUUAGGUAAAUGAGUUGUGUUGUAAGUCCCUUUGCAUGUAGUGGAUCUUGGCAUCAGAUGAAACAAGUGGUGGGAUAAGACAGAUUUAGUUCAUAAGGGCUUUGGGGAUGGAAGCAUGUGUUCUGCACUUGAUGUCUGUCUCAAUAUGUAACUCAUAAACUGCAUGCAGCAACGCGCCACAAAUUCUGAUCCUAUUGCAAGUUUUGCUGGUA